UGUAGAGGGGCCUGUUUUACCAGAACAGAUUUGUUUCUCACUAAUUCUAAUAAGUAGCCACCUAACUGAAGGCAACGCCCAUCUUGUUUUGCUUCUAUUUCUAUCAUUUCUUUUCCUCUACUGAAUCUAGCAUGCUAACCAACUAGCACCGUCCCGUCUCAUGAUACCGCUUUUCAAUACUGUGUCACUGUAGCGUCCGGUCUGUCCUCAGUCCAACAUGAGAGCACAUUAUGACAUCUUGCUUUGUAAAUUCAACAGUGUCUCACUCAUACUGUCAGUCAUGUAUAUCUAUACGAGUAUGUAUCUGUAUAUCUCUUUUUUGUCAAAUAAGUAUUGACAACUUUCUUUAAUUCUGUAGGCCUGUUACUGAUGAGAAAAACUAAAUAUAACCUCAGAUGUAAUCCUAAAACUAACUGUAACUGUAAUACAAUCUAACUUAUUCUUAAAUGACUUAAUAGAGGUAAAUCUACAGGCCUGUGUUUUCACUGUGUCUGUACAAUGUUGGCCCUUCAAUGAAAAAUAGUGGAAAAAAGCUCAUGCUGGAAACUGAUUGCUGACCCCUGGUAUAGGGGUGUUGAUUUGACUGUGGUGAUGACUGUGUAAAGAAAGAGAAAUUAUAACGUUUUCCUCCUCUUCUUGAAUUUACCAUUUACUAUCAAUUAAACUAUGACAUUCAUAUUAAAACUUGGCUGUUAGGGCUCAGGCUUCUGGCUGGAAAAGUUACCUCCUCGCACCGACUCACUGAGUCCUGUAGGAGGCAGUGUGUGACUGCAGCCUCAACUCAGUAGUUCCAGUCCUGGCCUCGGACACCAUGUGUCCCACACUGCAAACUUGUUGAUGUGUUAAGAAUUCCUGCUGUUAAGGAGUGUAUGAUUGUAGUGUAAGUGUAAAUGAAUUACUUAUUCUGUAAACCAUUAAUCUAUUACAACAUUAAGAUAAGAAAAUAGUUUAUGCACACUCACUGACUAAAACACUUUAUGAUCCAUGCACACUAGAUCUAGAUCCGAGCGCAUCCACGCCCUAAAGUUGAGACAACUCUUAUUGGUAGGCACACAGCCAGCGAGGGGUGGGGCAAGGCAGUGAUUAAUUAGCAUACCUAUCCAGGCUCAUAAAAGCACCGGCAGCCGCACCUGAUGCUUCUGAGAGCAUCAAACACUCAGAGGAAGAGAGGGACUGGAGAGGAGAGGGAGUUGAAGUAAAGCUCAGAUUAGAAAAAGCAAGUACAGGCAAGUUCACUCACCUCACAGAGACACACACACACACGCAGGUCCGGUGACCGUUUCCAGCCUGUGCGUAAAAGCGCACAGCCAAAAAAAACUUAGCGCUCUCCAAGGACACGGCUUCCCUCCACCUCUUCCUCCUCCUUCCUCCAGCUCUCCACGAUCAGCGGUGCUUUUGAGAAUUUGCCCCGUUUGUGACUCUCACGCCCGGUUCUGCUGAGUUGUGGCCCGUCCGAUCCAGAGACCCGGGUCACCCAUGAGGCUGGAGGCCGCAACCAGGAUGGAUCUGUUCAGGAAGCUGUGGAAGGCGAGGAAGCUGAUCGUUGUGGUGUUCAUCCCGCUGUCCCUGCUUCCCCUACCGCUCAUCCACCCCACCAGCGAGGCAUGCUGUGCCUAUGUGCUGAUGGUGACGGCAGUCUACUGGGUGUCAGAAGCCGUUCCCUUGGGUGCUGCUGCACUGGUUCCAGCCUUCCUCUACCCGCUCUUUGGGGUGCUCAAGUCAAGUGAGGUGGCUGCUGAGUACUGUAAAGACACCACUCUGCUGCUGAUGGGAGUCAUCUGCCUGGCAGCCUCCAUAGAGAAGUGGAACCUGCACAAACGCAUCGCUCUGCGCAUGGUCAUGAUCGCAGGGGCCAAGCCUGGCAUGUUGGUGCUGGGUUUCAUGUGCUGCACUGUGUUUCUGUCCAUGUGGCUCAGUAACACGUCCACCACAGCCAUGGUGAUGCCUAUAGCUGAGGCCGUCCUGCAGCAGCUUAUCUGCACUGGUCUGGCUGACAACCACGAUGACUCUGAAACCGCUGAGGCCCCUGAGGAUGACAGCGCUGUUUCAGACAAAGAAGACAACUUGGACAAGAAUCAGUUGGAACUGCUCUAUCACAACAACAGUGACUGCACUAAACAGGAGCUUUCUACAUUAAGUGAGGUCCAGACUGGAGAGGUAAAUGGUUUGGGUCUGAGGCCAGUCUGUCACCAGGGCUUCAUCAGACAGACCAAUGGACACCUGCCGCAGGUUGCCAUUGAAAUCCCCAAUGUGAAGCGAGUGAAGGCUAGGAGAGACUCCCAGUAUCCCACCAAGAGAGAUCACAUGAUCUGUAAAUGCCUGUCACUCAGCAUCACCUACGCUGCAACCAUCGGAGGACUCAUCACCAUCACCGGCACGUCAACCAACCUCAUCUUUGCUGAGCAGUUUAACACUCGUUAUCCAGAUGCCAAGGUGAUAAACUUUGGCACGUGGUUCAUCUUCAGCUUCCCAAUCGCCAUUAUCAUGCUGGUCCUCACCUGGCUGUGGUUGCACUUCCUCUUCCUUGGCUGCAACUUCAGGGAAACAUGCUCGCUGAGUAAGAAACGCAAAACCAAGAGAGAGAUGCUGUCAGAAAAGAGGAUCCAUGAGGAGUACGCAAAACUGGGACCCAUCAGCUACCCAGAGGUGGUGACUGGUGUUUUCUUCAUCCUGAUGACUCUGCUGUGGUUCACCAGAGAGCCAGGUUUCGUGCCUGGCUGGACGUCUCUCUUUGAGAAGAAAGGCUACAGGACUGAUGCAACAGUGUCUGUCCUCCUUGGCUUCCUCCUCUUCCUUAUUCCUGCCAGGCGACCCUUCUCUUCCUCCUCCUCCAGCUAUAGAGACACAGUUGAUGAUUCAGAGUCUGACCCCCUGGCUCCCAUGAUCACCUGGAAGGACUUUCAGAGACUGAUGCCGUGGGAGAUUGUCAUCCUAGUGGGAGGGGGCUAUGCUCUGGCUGCUGGUUGCAAGGUGUCAGGCCUGUCAGUGUGGAUCGGCAGACAGCUGGAGCCCAUGAGUGGUCUUCCUCCCUGGGCCGUCACCCUGCUGGCUUGCCUGCUGGUGUCAGCAGUCACAGAGUUUGCCUCCAACCCAGCAACUCUCACCGUCUUCCUGCCCAUCCUGUCUGCACUGUCAGAGACUCUGCACAUCAACCCCCUCCACACUUUGAUCCCCUCCACCAUGUGCGUGUCAUUUGGGGUCAUGCUUCCAGUUGGGAACCCCCCCAACGCCAUCGUCUUCAGUUACGGCCACGUGCAGAUCAGCGAUAUGGUGAAAGCAGGAUUCGGGGUGAACCUGAUAGGUGUAGCAGUGGUAAUGUUGGCCAUAACCACAUGGGGCGUUCCCCUCUUCAACCUGACUGAGUUCCCAGCCUGGGCAAUGGCCAGGAACGUCACUGGGAGCUUAUAACUACUGGUGUCAUGGGGCCAGUGGAAAAAGAGGGCAUGAAUCAGUAAGAGACAGAAAGAGAGAAAGAGAUGUGGCAAAUAUUUCUUUGUGGAGAAACAACAAGAAAAUGACACAUGGCGUGCCAAGAGGAUGGUCCUGCCAAGAGUUUAGCCCUUUCUUAGACUGAUUAGACUGGCUCUGAUGGAGGAAGAUGGGUGGAGGGAAGGACAAUAAGAAGAGAUGAGGAAAAAACAUUAUCUGUUGCUUAGAUUUAAGAAUUAGAAUUACAUUUUAAUCUGCCGUAAAGUGACAUUACAAGGAAUGUCACUGACUGGCCACUGGGUGGAGCUCUGACCUCCAACAAAAACUUUUUUACCUCCAUUAACAAAGUUUGAUGGAGAUUCUUUUUUCUCCAAAUCGCUGAAGACAUCACUAAAAGCUACAAAUAUAUUUGAGGUGAUCAACAACUGUUACUAUUAUUAUUAUUUGAUUUAUGAUAGGAAAAAUGAUAAGUUAUGUCUUUAGAAUCUGCCUGGAAAGAGUUAUAGCCACAUCAUGCCUUCUUCUGUGGAUUAGCUGGUAUUUUGGUAGAAAUAAGCUACGUGGCCUUUGUAGACAAGCCUCUUUUUACUGCAUGCUUGCUGAACUUGUGCUGCACUUAAAUGUAUUGCUCUUUCACCAGAUCACAUACAUUGCAACAUAGUGAGCUGGUUUAUUCUCACUUUGGUUACAUUUUACAGUGUAACAAAAGAGCUGACUGCUGUAUUAAAACAAGAUAAAUGCAUGAAAAGAGGCUUUUACUAUGGCUGCUAAUGUACUGUAUCCAUAGAGCUACUUAUUAUCAAGCCUUUCAGAUGUACCCAGUAUGUUUUCAUAGGAAUCCAUAUGAUCUGUUUCUAAAAAGAUAAAAGCUUGGUGUAUGUGUAGCUACAAACUAAAAGCUGCUAUCUGCAUUGUUAUGGAAAUCUAGGUCUUGUGACUGAUGUCUUUACCAAAGCUGAUUUUGUGCCCUGAUAUACUGUGAACAUGUUCAUAUUUGUUGGCCACACUUACUCCAGGUACCUUGCAGUACAACUAGGGUAUUUACUACAUGCCUAUACUACAAUGUUAGUAUAACUGUCUCUUGUAACAGUGUUAGUGCCUUGCUGUAACCUCGCCUUGGUUCAUUACCAUCCUCCUUAAAUCAUGGAAACCAAUGGUUUAUGUGCUUUUUACUGAGCUAUGUCCCUGCACUUGAUUCUAUUACAAUGUCAAGAAUGUGUAUUGUACUGUAUGUAAGAUAUAGAAAGUCUGGGACUCAUACCGAUUUGAUGUCUGAGCUUCCCUCUUCCCGUAUUGACUAUUUUUUCUCAUUUUGCAGUUUGAAAGGCUUGAACACUAAGACACACUCCUGCCAUUAUUCUGAGUAUUCAGUAGGGUGCUUCAGCCUGUUUGUCAGAUGCUGCUAUUCUGUCACAUUGAAUACAUUUAAGAACUUUAAAGUCAUGAAAUCAGAGAAAACUUUACAAGCUGAGGUCUUGAGUUACACCAGUAUAAUGAUUUUUAACCAUAUAUUAGCUGGUAGAAAACACUUCACCAGACUUUUAUCAAGUACCAGUAGCUUCAGUAAUUAUCACAGAAAGUAUAUAUUUAAGAGAUGUAUUUCUUUAGCAUGUUAAGCAACAGGAUGAGCAUGUUUGGUAUUCAUUUGUUGUCACCUUGGAGGUGGGUCUUUUCUCCUGGCACAUGAGCACAGAAAGAAAUGCAGGUUCAGGAGGCUGCAUUUAUUUUGAAGGCAGCAUCCAAAGCAUUUAAAGAGAGAGUGAGUGAGCACAGGGUUGUAUGGUGCAGUAUUUUGUUCAAUCAUCUGUCAAAUCACAGCAACUGUCUGUUGGUGAAAAGGUUUGCACAUAACAUUCACUGUACCGUGCAAAAAUGUAAAAGAUAUCCUUUAUAUUUUUACACAAAUUUUAAAUGUAAUUUGUGUCUUUUUUUAAUAUCACUACAUUAUAAAAAGAGGCCUUAGUGUAGGCAGAAUCAGAAGCCUACAUUUGUCUUAUGUAAUUUAUUCAGUUCUACUGAAGGUUUCAUACAUCUUGAUGGUGUUGCAGCAGUGACCUUUGACCCAGGGGCCACACUCCUUUGUAAAUACAUGCAGAUUUGUAAUAUAAUGUGCCUUUGCCUGUUUCCAAAUGAGCUGUAAUAUUCCUAAAUUAUGUGUUAUACCUUGAUGUUUCAUUUAUAUCCAACUCAGACACUAGAGUUAGGAUGAUACAUUAUACAUGUACAACAAUAAAACCACUAAAACCA